AUGUCUUCAGAGCCCUACGACUACAUCAUCAUCGGCGGCGGUCUCGCAGGCUGCACCCUCGCCGGCCUCCUCUCCACCACCCCAUCCCCCCCACGCAUCCUCCUCAUCGAAGCCGGCCCCUCCGUCGCAACACACCCCCUCACAUCCUCGCCCCUCGCCUGCUUCGGCGCACACUUCUCCCCGCUCGACUGGGCGUACAAAACAACCCCGCAACCGCACCUGAACAACAGGGAAUGCUACAACGCCGCCGCGAAGGCGCUGGGCGGCGGGUCUGCGAUCAACUACGGGACCUGGACGAGGGGGAACAAGGCGGACUAUGACCGCUGGGCGGAGAUUGUGGGGGAUGAGCGGUGGAGCUAUAAGGGGUUGCUGGGGAGUUUUAGGGCUAUGGAGAGUGUUACUGAGCUGGGUGGGAUGCAGAGUGAGGAGCAUGGGGUGCAGGGGCCGAUUCAUAAUGUUUCCGUUACGGGGAGUAGUCCUGAACGAAAGUAUUCGCUACGAGAGCCGUUGAAGGCAGCGUGGGCACGGCUGGGUGUUAGAGAGUGCGCCGGGACAGCAGGUGAUAUGAACGCCGGCUCGCCGCUGGGGGUCGGCGAGAUGGUCGAGAACUGGCGCGAUGGGAAGCGGCAGAUUGCAAGUGAGGUCUUUGGGCUUGAUGGCAGGGAGAAUGUCACCGUUCUGGCGGAGACGCUGGUGCAGAGGGUUCUUCUUGAAGAGCUGGGGCUGGAGGGCCAGAAGGUAAAGGUCGCCGUGGGCGUGCAGCUCGCCGACACAACUAAAGCCGGGACUGGGGCGAUCUACCGCGCAUCCAAGGAGGUGAUUAUCUCGGCGGGCGCGUACCGCACGCCACAGGUCCUCAUGCUCUCUGGCAUCGGGCCCAAGGAUGAACUCAGCAAGCACGGCAUCCAGACUCUGAUCGACGCCCCGGCAGUCGGCCAGAACUUCCACGACCACCUCGCGUACGUGCAGUGGUGGAAGCUGCGGCAUCCAGAGCAGGGUCGGUCGAUGGGGACGCCGCUGUGGAAUAGCCCAGCGUACGGACUGGGCCUUCCAUGCGACUGGGUCGUCACGACACAGGCGCCGCGCGACGAGCUCGUCAAGGCAUUGCAGCUGGACGGCGUUGACACCGACCAUGCGUACCUGGCGCCCGACGCAACGCACAUCGAGACACUGAUUGUAUAUGCGCCUGCUGGAGCUCUCGUGUCAGGCGUGGAUAUCCCCCUCGACGGCACGGUCAUUGCAUCCGCGGUGCUGGGCAUGGCGGCGACAUCACGCGGCCGCAUCACGAUCUCCUCGCCGGCCGCGCAGGAUCCGCCGGUGAUUAACCCGAAUUACUACGCCACCGAGCUGGACCGGACGGUCUUGCGUUGUGGGAUCCGGCAGGUCGCGUCCUUGUUGCUUGAUACGCCGGAAGGGAAGGAGAUUGUUGAAGCUGAGAUCGCGCGGCCGGGGACUGAGCCGCUUGGUCUGGGCCCGACGGACGAGGAAAUUGAUGAGCGGGUGAAAGAAGGCGGGAAUACGUUCUACCACCCUGCUGGGUCGGCGGCGAUGGGGGAGGUCGUGGAUGCGGAGCUUAGGGUUCGGGGCGUGCAGGGGCUGAGGGUUGUCGAUGCGAGCGUCCUGCCGCUUCCUGUUACGGCGCAUUAUCAGGCCAUUGUGUAUGCGAUUGCGCAUAAGGCGGCUGGGUUUAUUCUUGAUAGCCAGGUAGUGGGAUGA